AUGGACAGAAGGUUGGAUACAGAAAGAGAUCAAGUGGGGAGAUGCAGGGAGAUCCAGGGCUGCAUAGAGACAAACAUAAUGUGGGAGAAACAUACUGAGGCCUGUGGAGGUGUAGUCCAAGGCCUAAAUGGCACCAUAGAGUCACCUGGGUUUCCACACGGCUACCCCAACUAUGCCAACUGCACAUGGCUAAUAAUAACAGGGGAGCGGAACCGAAUCCAGCUAACCUUCGUCACACUGGCACUGGAGGAAGACUUUGACAUCGUAUCAGUUUACGAUGGACAGCCGUCACCGGGCAACUUAAAAAUGAGAUUGUCAGGGUUCAUGCUGCCCUCCCCUCUAGUCAGCAGUGGAUCCAUACUGGCCUUGUGGUUUACUACAGACUUUGCUGUGAGCGCACAGGGUUUCAAAGCCGUAUAUGAAGUGCUGCCAAGCCACACAUGUGGCACACCUGGCCUCAUUCCAAACGGAGUCAUUCAUGGCUCGCGGUACAACAUGGGGGACAAGAUCCGUUACAGCUGUGAGUCAGGUUUUGUUUUGGAAGGACACAGCAUCCUCACAUGUAUUGUAUCACCUGGUAGUGGAGCUCAGUGGGACUUCCCAUCACCGUUUUGUCGAGCGGAAGGAGCGUGCGGGGGAACGCUAAGAGGCACAGCAGGUUCAAUAACCAGCCCUGGAUACCCAGCAGAGUAUGACAACAACCUGGAUUGCACAUGGUCAAUACUCGCUGAACCCGGGGACACGAUAGCUCUGGUUUUCAAUGACUUCUUAUUAGAAGACAAGUAUGACUUCCUCGAAAUAAGCGGGACAGAAGCACCAAGCAUAUGGCUGACGGGUACAGCUGUGCCCUCACCAGUGAUAUCAAAUAAGAACUGGCUUCGGAUACACUUCACCUCAGACAGCAAUCAUAGAAGAAAAGGAUUCAGUGCCCAGUAUCAAGUGAAGAAAGCAAUAGAGUUGAAGUCCAGGGGGGUAAAGAUGAUGCCCAGUAAAGACUCCAGUCACAAAAAUGCUGUCCUGAGUCAAAGCGGUCUUGCUGGUGACGUUUGCCCAGAUCCUGGAGUUCCUGAAAAUGGCAAGAGGAUGGGAUCUGCUUUUCAGAUUGGCUCCAGCGUCCAGUUCAGCUGUGAUGACAGCUAUGUAUUACAUGGAUCUAAAAGUAUCACCUGUCAACGAGUGACUGACACACUGGCUGCCUGGAGUGACCACAGACCCAUCUGCAGAACUCGUACCUGUGGCAGUAACCUAAGGGGGCCCAGAGGGGUAAUUACAUCACCUAAUUAUCCCGUCCAGUACGAGAACAACGCACACUGUGUGUGGGUCAUCAGUGCCAUGGACUCUGAGAAGGCGGCUUUUGAACUUGUGGGAGAAAAAACCAUCACGUGCCAGCACAAUAACCAGUGGUCUGGGAACAAACCCAGUUGUGUCUUCUCCUGUUUCUUUAACUUCACAGCUCCAUCGGGGACUGUAUUAUCUCCAAACUACCCAGAGGAGUACGGCAACAACCUGAAUUGUGUAUGGCUGAUUAUCUCUGAACCAGGAAGCCGCAUACACCUCCUCUUUUCUGACUUUGACCUGGAGCCACAGUUCGACUGGUUGGUGGUUAAAGAUGAAGGUCUGUCUGAACCAACAACAUUCGGAACAUUCUCUGGGAAGGAUGUCCCCUCACAGAUCGCCUCAAAUGGGCACAUUAUGAGAUUGGAAUUUCAGUCCGAUCACUCUAAUACCGGGAAAGGCUUCAACAUCAGCUAUACCACAUUUGGUCAGAAUGAAUGCCAUGACCCAGGGGUCCCUGUCAAUGGUCAAAGGUACGGUGACCAGUUUCAGCUUGGUAGCUCAGUGGCUUUUCGCUGCGAUCAAGGAUUCAUAAGGACACAGGGUUCAGAUCAAGUGACUUGUAUCAUUCAGGAUGGAAAUGUGGUUUGGUCUGCAGCUGUUCCACGUUGUGAAGCUCCCUGUGGAGGCCAUCUCACAGCUAAUACCGGCGUUGUGCUGUCUCCUGGUUGGCCUUCCUUUUAUAAAGACUCUCUGAGCUGCCAGUGGGUGAUUGAAGCACAGACAGACCAUGCGGUGAAGAUACACUUUGACAAGUUUCAGACAGAGGUCAACUAUGACACGCUGGAAAUCAGGGAUGGCCCCUCAGCAUCCUCCCCACUGAUCGGAGAAUACCAUGGCACCCAAGCGCCUCAUUUCCUGAUUUCCACAUCCAACUUCCUGUUCCUCUUGUUCGCCACUGACAACAGCCGCUCUGCGGCAGGCUUCAGCAUCAGAUAUGAAAGUGUGAAAAUGGAGUCGGACUCAUGCCUUGAUCCCGGCAUCCCUGUCAAUGGUCGUCGUCAUGGCAGCAGCUUUUCCAUUGGUUCGCAAGUCUCCUAUACAUGUGACGCAGGAUACACGCUUAGUGAUCAAGACCCAAUAGUAUGUGAGCAGAUUCAUCAGUGGAGUCACGCUCUUCCCAGUUGCGAUGCCCUAUGUGGAGGGUAUGUUUUUGGUAAAAGUGGAACCAUUCUCUCUCCUGGCUUUCCUGAUUUCUACCCAAAUUCCCUCAACUGCACAUGGACUAUAGAAGUAUCACAUGGGAAAGGAGUCCAUCUGGUUUUCCACACUUUCCAUCUGGAGGGGAACCAUGACUACCUGUCCAUCACAGAAGACGGCAAUUUCCAGGUUCCGGUGGCUCGACUUACCGGCUCCGUACUGCCCCCCAGUGUUAAGGCUGGACUCUAUGGGAACUUCAGCGCGCAGCUACGAUUCAUUUCAGAUUUUUCGAUGAGCUAUGAAGGAUUUAACAUUACUUUUUCGGCUGAGUGUGGAGCCUCCACACUAGGACCAGAAGGCGUUCUCCUCUCCCCAAAUUUCCCCUCCAACUACGAUAACAACCAUGAGUGCAUCUACCGCAUCAUGACUGAAAAGGGGAAAGGAAUCAGUCUGAAAGCUGAGAGCUUCUUAUUACAAGAUGGAGACUAUCUGAAGGUGUAUGAUGGAGUGAACACUUCAUCCCGUCUCCUUGGCAACUUUACACUUGAUGGCAUGAUGGAUCAUGUCAUCAAUAGCACGUCCAAUCACCUGUGGCUGGAGUUCAAUAGCAAUGCCUCUGGAACCAAUCAGGGCUUCCGGCUCACUUACACAAGUUUUGACCUAGUCCGCUGCGAGGAGCCUGGUAUCCCUAAUUAUGGAUAUAAAAUCCAGGAUGACGGCCAUUAUGCCAGCACCUUUGUUCUGUACUCCUGCAACCCUGGAUACAGUCUCCACGGCAGCAGUACACUGACUUGUCUCAGUGGUGACAGGCGUGUCUGGGACACGCCACUUCCUUCUUGUGUUGCUGAAUGUGGAGGUCACAUCUCUGGAGCUGUGUCUGGACGCAUUUUAUCUCCUGGAUACCCUGCUCCAUAUGACAACAACCUUCAUUGUACCUGGACGAUAGAGGCGGAUGCCGGCAAAACUAUCAGCCUUCACUUUAUUGUCUUUGACACUGAGGUCGACCAUGAUAUUCUGAGAGUUUGGGAUGGUCCGUCUGGCCCUUCAGACGGUGGGAUCCUCCUAAAAGAAUGGUCUGGCCCAGCCUUACCCGAAGAUAUCCACUCAACCUUUAACAUACUCACGCUGCAGUUCGAUUCUGAUUACUUCAUCAGCAAGCAAGGGUUUUCUAUCCAGUUUUCUACUACAACAGCCACAACCUGCAACGACCCUGGUAUCCCUGUGAACGGUUCUCGGUACGGUGACAGUAAAGAGCCAGGAGACAGCAUGACAUUCCAGUGUGAUCCAGGUUAUCAGUUGCAAGGCCAUGAUACCAUUACAUGUGUGCGGAUGGAUAACAGAUUCUACUGGCAACCCGACCCUCCAACAUGUAUAGAAAAACCAAGAGAAGCCUGUUUUGACCCGGGUAACGUAAUGAACGCCAGCCGGACAGGGUAUGACUACAAACUGGGAUCACAGGUGUCCUACAGCUGUCACCACGGUUACACAAUAUUAGGGGAUGAUACCAUCACUUGUGUUAUGGGGCAAGAUGGGAAGCCAGUGUGGGACAAGGCACUGCCAUCAUGCAAAGCUCCAUGUGGAGGAAAUUAUGGUGGAUCUGAAGGUGUUGUUCUGUCACCAAACUAUCCUUUAAACUACACCACAAGACAAACUUGCUCCUAUUACAUCACAGUAUCCCCCCAGUUUGUGGUAUUUGGUCAGUUUGCAGUUUUUCAAACAGCAAUGAAUGACUCAGUGGAACUAUUUGAUGGAGGCAGUGAAAAUGCUCGAUUGCUAAGCUCCUUGGCCGGAUCACAUUCUGGAGAGACAUUGCCUUUGGCAACAUCCAAUCAGAUCAUGCUCCGGUUCAAUGCCAAGAGUGGCCAGUCAGCUAGAGGCUUUCAUUUCGUCUACCAAGCUGUGCCUCGGACCAGCGACAGUCAGUGCAGUUCAGUGCCAGAGCCGCGCUAUGGAAGACGAAUCGGUUCAGAGUUCUCAGCAGGUUCUGUGGUUCGCUUUGAAUGCAGUCCAGGUUAUUUAUUAAAAGGCUCCAGUGCUAUACAGUGCCAAGCUGUACCAGGUGCCCUCGCUCAGUGGAAUUCAACAACGCCAACCUGUAUAGUUCCCUGCAGUGGCAAUUUGACUGAACGUCGUGGUACAAUACUGUCCCCCGCCUACCCCGAGCCUUACCCAAACAGCCUCAACUGUCUGUGGAGGAUCCAUGUCAGUGAAGGGGCUGGAAUACAGAUCCAAGUAAUGGCUUUUGCGACUGAGCAUAACUGGGACUCUCUUGAGAUCUACGAUGGAGGAGACAUGACAGCUCCAAAAUUAGGGUCUUUCUCUGGAACAACAGCUCCUGCCCUCCUCAACUCAACAUCCAAUCAGCUCCUUCUUCAUUUUCAGAGUGACAUCAGUGUGGUUGCAGCAGGAUUUCACCUGGAAUACAAGACCGUUGGCCUCACCACAUGUCCUGAGCCGAUGAUCCCUGCAAAUGUUAUUAAAACAGGAGAUAGAUAUAUGGUCAAUGAGGUGGUGGCUUUCAGCUGUAAACCUGGAUACACACUGCAGGGUCACUCUCACAUUUCCUGCAUGCCUGGGACUGUGCGUCGAUGGAAUUACCCGCCACCUCUUUGCAUAGCUCGCUGUGGAGGGAUCUUGUCUGAGUUGAGUGGUGUCAUCCUUAGUCCAGGGUUCCCUGGCAACUACCCUGGUAACCUGGACUGCACAUGGCAGAUCACCCUGCCGGCUGGACAUGGAGCCCAUAUUCAAUUCCAAAACUUCUCUUCAGAAGACAACCAUGACUUCUUAGAGGUCAGGGCUGGGCCACAGCACAGCUCUGCUCUUAUUGGUCAGUUUACUGGCUCACAGAUUCCACCUCCUCUGAUGAGCACCACCCACCUGACAAUCAUCCACUUCUACAGUGACCACUCAGAGAACAGACCCGGAUUCAAACUGACAUAUCAAGCUUAUCAACUUCAAAACUGCCAGGAUCCCGCUCCCUUUCCCAACGGUGACAUCAUCAAUAAAGACUACAGUGCUGGUCAAUCCAUAACUUUUCAGUGCUACUCUGGUUAUGUGUUGAUUGGGCACACAGUCCUCACAUGCCUGCAUGGGACCAAUAGGAAGUGGAACCAUCCAUUUCCUCGCUGUGAGGCUCCUUGUGGCUAUAAUGUCACGGCUGAAAACGGGACCAUCUAUUCACCUCAGUAUCCCAAUGAAUACCCCAACUCCCAAGACUGCAGCUGGCUCAUCACUGUUCCCCACGGACACGGAGUUUACAUCAACUUCACUUUGCUGCAGACAGAGCCUGUCACAGAUUACAUUGCUGCCUGGGAUGGUCCUGAUACAUCUAGCACUCAGCUAGGAGUCUUCAGUGGCAACACAGCGUUGGAGUCUGCCUAUAGUAGCAGCUCACAGGUCCUCAUCCGUUUUCACUCCGACUUCUCAACUGGAGGGUUCUUUAUUCUUAAUUUCCAUGCGUAUCGACUGAAGAAAUGCCCCUAUCCUCCAGCUGUCGAGAAUGCAAAUAUGAUCUAUGAGGAUGAAAACUUCUACAUAGGUGACAUUGUGAAGUAUCGCUGCUUACCUGGAUACACACUCAUUGGAAAAGCAGAGCUUAUAUGUAAACUUAAUUCUCAUUUGCUCUUUGAAUCCCCGCCCCCAAAAUGUCAAGCCCAGUGCCCAGCCAAUGAGGAGCGUUUGUCAUCAUCAGGAGUCAUACUGAGCCCUGGGUUUCCAGGCAACUAUCCCAACAGCCAGACAUGCUCCUGGCUGCUACGUAUGAUCCAAGGGUACACCAUCAAUAUCUAUGUGGAGUUGUUCCACAGUGAGAAGCAGUUUGAUGAACUGGAGAUUUUUGAUGGAUCUUCAGGACAAAGCCCUUUGCUUGUUGCUCUAAGUGGAAACCACUCAUCUCAGCUAAACUUCACAUCUAAAACAAACCAGCUGUAUCUACGAUGGUCCACUGACCAUGCAACUAACAAAAGAGGGUUCAAGAUACGGUACUCGGCUGCUUACUGCAGCAUCAAUGAUUCGCCACUGAAUGGGGACGUGGUCAACCGAACUAAACUCCAUCCAGGUAGCAGACUUCAGUAUUACUGUAACCGUGGUUACCGCUUGGUAGGCUCAAGCAAUGCCACCUGCAUAGUUGACUCCAAUGGGCUUUACCUGUGGGAUACUCCACCACCUUUUUGUCAAGCUAUCUCCUGUGGAAUUCCUCUGUCGCCGGGCAAUGGUAGUUUCCAUGCUUACCAAUAUACUGUCGGAAGCCUGGUCACCUAUCAGUGUAACGAUGGCUACUACCUUGAUCCUGCUGUUCCAAUGACAGCCAUGUGUUUGGAGGAUGGCAGCUGGAGUAAUGCUGGUUCAAUCUCCAGAUGUCUGCCUAUGCACUGCCCCAGCAUUGAUGGCGCUUUGUCAGAUUACAUGACCUACCGCCUCCUCUCCGGUAGGCUGGGAGAAUUUGGUUCUGUGGUGAUGCUGGAAUGCUCAGUUGGGUACUAUUUAGGUGUUGGGCAUCGGACUCUUCGCUGUCUUGCCAAUGGGACGUGGGAUGGGUCAGAUGACCCAGCUACAUGCAAAAUCAUCUCCUGUGGGGAACUUGCCUCCCCACCUUUUGGUACCAAACUGGGGACACUAACUACAUUCGGGGCAACUGCAAUCUUUAUGUGUAACCAUGGCUACACACUUGUGGGGUCACAUGUAAGGGAAUGUGGUGCCAAUGGACUGUGGAGUGGUGCAGAGACAAGGUGUCUUGCUGGACAUUGUGAUGCUCCAGACCCAAUUGUCAAUGGCCACAUUAGUGGAGAUGGCUCAAGUUACCGUGACACAGUGGUAUACCAGUGUAUGUUAGGAUAUCGACUAAUUGGCACAUCAGUCAGAAUCUGCCAGCAAGAUCAUCGAUGGUCUGGAACGACGCCUGUCUGCGUCCCAAUUACCUGUGGUCACCCAGGAAACCCAAGCAAUGGGCGGACCAAUGGCAGCGAGUUCAACCUCAAUGACGUCGUCAACUUCACCUGCAACAGAGGUUACAUCCUCAGUGGAAAUGCUCGUGCUCAGUGCCGACUCAAUGGACAAUGGAGCAGCCAGCUACCCGUCUGCAAAGUGGUGAACUGCUCUGAUCCGGGCCAUGUGGAGAAUGGGGUGCGGCAGUCAGGUCUACGAUACCCCGAAGUCUUCAGCUAUGGUGUAACUGUGGCAGUCCACUGCAAACGGGGCUUCUAUCUUCUGGGAUCUGCACUGCUGACAUGCCAGCAUGAUGGACUGUGGGACAAGCCAAUUCCCCGUUGCUUAGCUAUUUCCUGUGGUGACCCUGGUGUCCCACCCAGCGCGGUAGUUUCUGGAGCCCACAGCUGGACGUAUGGGUCGGUGCUGCUGUACUCCUGUUUGCCCGGGGGAGUGCUUGUUGGCAAUGCUACUCGCCACUGUAAGGAGGACGGCACGUGGAGUGGAGCACCACCCUACUGCACAGGUGCAAGUACCGGAAUAUGUGGUGACCCUGGUAUUCCUCCUCAUGGUGCCCGUUUGGGAGGGGAGGAAUUUAAGACCAAAAGCCUUCUUCGUUUUAGCUGCGAGGCGGGAUAUAAUCUGAUUGGCUCUGCUGAGAGGACCUGCCUUCACAAUGGCACUUGGAGUGGUUCACAGCCUGUGUGUCAAGCUGUGUCAUGUGGUAACCCUGGAACCCCUGCACAUGGGAGGAUUGUCUUCAGUGAUGGCAUAACCUUUGGCAGCUCAGUAGCUUAUUCAUGCUUGGAAGGCUUCAAAACAUCAGGUCUGACCACCAGACACUGCACAACGAAUGGGACAUGGACAGGACAACUCCCCGAUUGCACUGUGAUUAGUUGUGGAAACCCUGGGCCUAUAGCCUAUGGAACCUAUUUAGGAAGUGAAUUUACCUACAACCACACGUUGACCUACCGCUGUAACCCUGGUCAUCUCAUGGAACCAGCUGGAGCUGGACGCAAUAUUCUGUCCUGCACUAAAGAGGGUUCCUGGAAUCAAACCAAACCCACCUGCAAAGUGAUCCAAUGUGGACCUCCUCCUCAAGUGCUUUAUGGGAAAGUGGAGGGGACUGACCAUUCAUGGGGAUCAAGUGUUAGCUACAGUUGUUUCCAUGGUUAUCAGCUGUCCAUCCGUGCUAUGCUAACCUGUGAGGGUAAUGGAACUUGGACUGGAGAUGUACCACAGUGUUUGCCUGUCUUGUGUGGUGAUCCUGGCUCGCCUGGUGGAGGAUUCCGAGAGGGAAACCUAUUCUCUUAUAGGUCAGAGGUCAGGUUUUACUGCCAUGCACCAUAUGUGCUGGUGGGUUCUCCAUCCAGAGUUUGCCAAGCUGAUGGGAUUUGGAGCGGCGAACAGCCAGCUUGUAUAGACCCGACCUUCAACAGCUGUCGUGAUCCAGGGACUCCCGCCUACGGUAUCCCAGUCAUGGCCCAGGGAUUUCAGGUUGGCAGUAAGAUUUCAUUUAAAUGCCGCAAAAACUACCACAUCCUUGGAUCCACAACAAGAACUUGCCUUGAAAACCUAACCUGGAGUGGAACUCAACCUGAGUGUAUAGCUCAUUCAUGCAGACAACCAGAGACCCCCAUCAACGUAGAUGUUCGAUCUAUGGACCUGCCUACCUUAGGAUAUACCCUCAUAUACUCCUGUCAAGACGGUUUCUAUCUGGCUGGGGGAUCCGAGCACAGAACUUGCAAAAGUGAUGGCAGAUGGUCAGGCAAACCGCCUCUCUGUAAAGUUGGAGCAAAAGUAAAUCCCAAAGGCAGGGGAGAGUCUGAUGUCCUGAAGAAUAAGAUUCGUGUUCCUGUGGAUGUCUUCUCUCAAAACUCGGAGUGGAGUGGAUUCUACGAGUAUUUGGGGAAGAGACAGGCCACUACAUUCACAGUCACCGGGUUUAAUGCCUCAAGUGGUCGAGUUAAUGUCACAUUACUGGAGACCAGCGGCGUGUCAAUCCGGUUAUCGGGUACCUAUAAGUCAGAGGAAAACCAGCUGCUUUUGAAGGUCUACCAGGUGAAAGGACCAACAGAACAUUUUCUCAGCAAGUUUAAAAACGACAACUGGGCAAUGGAUGGCUAUGUUACUGCAGAGUCAGACCAAAAGACCUUUGUCUAUCAGGGGCACAUUCACAGCAAAGAUUUCGGCAAGUUUCAUCUGACAAGACAAGGUCCUGUAACCAUGGCAAUCGACCCAUCAAACCCCUACACAAACAGCAGUUCUGUGGCAGCAGCCAUCUUGGUCCCUUUCUUUGCACUCAUCCUCUCUGGAUUUGCCUUCUACCUCUACAAGCAUAGGACAUUGUCCGCUGACACAGAUGACAAUGAGAGACCAAAAGACACCUGGGGGCCUGGCGGCAGGACACGCCCAAAAGUGCAGUUCAACGGCUAUGUUGGCCAUGAGACCUCCAAUGGCCAGGCAUCAUUUGAAAACCCAAUGUAUGACACCAAUAUGAAGCCCACUGAGGCCAAGGCAGUUCGAUUUGAUACCACUCUAAACACAGUCUGCACUGUGGUCUAG